AUGUCUACAACUGAUAUGUCCCGAGUGCUGGACAUCCUCCGCUCACUUUAUCGGCAUAUACAGACACUGGAGGAGUUUGCGGACAGCAUUGUCUUCAGAGAGGGACAGAAAGCAGUCCUCAUUCAGCAGUCUGACACAAACCGCUUCAAAUCCUUCGUCCGGGGCGUUUAUGUUUGCUUUGACAAAGAACUACAGCAAGUGCCAAGCUGCAACCAGAUCUGCACUUUGCCUGAACUGCUGGCCUUUGUUCUUAACAGUCUGAAAAGAAAGAGAAAAAAAAACGUCCUGGCACACGGCUACAAUUAUUUGUCCCUGGCCAAGGAGGAGCGGGAUGCGGACCAUUUCAAAUUCCAAGGAGAUGUAACUCAAAGUGGGGCCUACAUACAUGGCAGCGAUCUGUGGAAGAAGGUCACGAUACGUCUUGGCACAGACAUCACACGCUACCUGUUUGAGAGCUGUUCUGUGUUUGUGACAGUUCCUCCUUCGUGCGUUUUCCAGUUGUGUGGAGUUCCUGUUUAUGACAAGGUGUCCAUGACUACUGCCUCUUCUGGGUUUUAUUUACAGUCUCGAUCCAGGACACAUAAUAGUACUCAACUUGGAAGGUAUCGAGGUGUAGUGACCAUGAAAAGGAAAAAGAAAGCUGAAAAUCCUACUAUCAGCAAGAAAAGGAAAAAAAGAGAUGUCAGAGUGCAGCGUGGUAAAAGGCAGAGAGAUAUUGAUCAAAAGGAUGAGGAAGAUGUUAUUUGUUCUGCAAAGAGGAGACGGGUAGGACAGCAUGAACCUACACAGGAAAUCCAACACGUUUGCUAUCAAGCAGCAGAGGAAGGGCAGCCGAUGUCGGUAGAAACAACAGCAUCUCUAAAGCCUCUGGAAAAUAGCAGUAAAGGUUCUAAACAGCCUGUUGAAACAACCACCGUUCCCUUGGAGGGAGGACCCAGUUGGAGAACAGGGAUUUUCCCCCCUUUGCCUCAUUCACAAUGCUUUAUCCGCACACUGGGAUUCCUGUAUGGGGGCAGGGGCAUGCGUGGCUUUAUUCUCAACAGGAAGAAGAAGAGUGCUGAGGGAUCUAGAAGACUACAAGGGCAAGAUAUGGUUAGAGUAGUUUUUUUUGAGGGACUGGUGUAUCUCAACGGGCUUGAGAGAAAGCCAAAGAAACUCCCCCAGCGCUUUUUUAACAUGGUCCCCCUGUUUAGCCGGCUGCUGCGUCAUCACAGGAGAUGCUCCUACAGCAAAAUACUGCAGAGGAUGUGCCCACUGGUAGAGGAGAGAGAUGGAGGACAGGGGGAAGUAAGUACCCUCCUGCCCCAACACUGUGCACCUCACCGGGUCUACCUGUUCGUCAGGGAGUGCCUCUCCUCUGUGAUCCCACCAGAGCUGUGGGGCUCUGUCCACAACCGACUUAAUUUCUUUGCCAGGGUCAGGGGCUUCUUGCGUAGUGGCAAGUUUGAGAGGCUCUCUCUGGCUGAGCUGAUGUGGAAGAUGAAGUUAAAUGACUGUGACUGGUUAAAGAUCAGUAAGACAGGCCGGUUCCCACCCAGUGAGCUUGCAUAUCGGACACGGGUCCUGGGUCAGCUCCUGGCUUGGCUUCUCGACGGCUAUGUUGUUGGCCUGGUGCGAGCCUGUUUCUAUGUCACUGAGAGUAUGGGGCAGAAGAACGCCCUCAGGUUCUACAGACAGGAAGUCUGGGCCAAACUGCUGGAAUUAGCCUUCAGAGGUCACCUCUCUAAGGGCCAGAUGGAGGAGUUGACUCCAGCUCAGGUGGCGUCCCUGCCCAAAACCACUGUCAUCUCCCGUCUUCGCUUCAUUCCAAAGACUGAUGGCAUGAGACCUAUCACACGAAUUGUAGGAGUAGAUGCCAAAACGAGGCUCUACAGAGGGUGUGUGCGGGACCUGCUGGAUAUGCUCCGGGCCUGUGUGAGCUCCAAUCCGUCUCUCCUGGGCUCCACAGUGUGGGGGAUGACCGAUAUCCACAAGGUUUUGAGCUCUCUGGCUCCAACCCAGAAGGACAAACCACAGCCCCUUUACUUUGUUAAGGUGGAUGUGAGUGGAGCCUAUGAGAGUUUACCUCAUGACAAACUCAUCGAGGUGAUUGGCCAGGCCCUGGCACCUGUUCAUGAUGAGCUUUUUACCAUACGCCGCUAUGCCAAGAUAUGGGCAGAUUCCCACGAGGGCCUGAAAAAGUCCUUUCUUAGACAGGCAGAUAUCCUGGAGGAUAACAUGGGCUCCACCAGCAUGAAAGGAUUUGUGAUGUCACUGCAGAAAAGAGGCAGAGCUCAUCACUCCAUACUGGUAGAGCAGCAUUUCUGCUCAGAUCUUCAAGGCAGAGAGGCACUGCAGUCCUUCACCCAAAUGCUAACUGGCAGCGUUGUUCAGUUUGGGAAGAAAACGUAUCGUCAGUGCAGAGGGAUUCCUCAGGGAUCAGUUGUGUCAAGUCUGCUCUGCUGUCUCUGCUAUGGUCAUAUGGAGAACGUCCUGUUCAAAGACAUUAUUAAAAACAAAGGAUGUUUGAUGAGACUGGUGGAUGAUUUCCUACUGAUCACUCCAGACCUAAAUGAAGCACAACGUUUUCUCAAGAUCUUGCUGCCUGGGGUGCCACAGUAUGGUCUGGUGGUCAACCCACAGAAGGUGGCGGUCAACUUUCAAGUGUCAGCAGACGUUGGCUCUUGUCCCGGCAUUUGCAUGCUGCCGCCUCGUUGCCUCUUCCCCUGGUGUGGCUUGCUGGUGGACACACACUCGUUGGACGUCCAUAAAGAUUAUUCCAGCUAUGCAGGCCUGUCUCUGCGCUACAGUCUUACUUUGGGCUCUUUCCACUCACCUGGACAGCAAAUGAGGAGGAAACUAAUGGCUGUCCUCAGACUCAAGUGCCAUGCCCUGUUCAUGGACCUGAAGACCAAUUCUCUCGAGGCAGUCUACAAGAACAUCUACAAGCUGGUGCUGCUUCAUGCGUGCAGGUUCCAUGUGUGCGCCCAGAGUUUACCCUUUGGUCAGACUGUUGCUAAGAACCCUGCCUACUUCCUGCAAAUGAUUUGGGACAUGGCCAAGUAUGUCAAUCAACUCAUCAGGCUCAGCAACAAAGGACUGAUGUUAGGCUGUAAGGCCCAGACAGGCAUUGUGCAGUACGAAGCAGUGGAGCUGCUUUUCUGUCUUUCGUUUCUGCUUGUACUGUCACAACACCGUUCUUGCUAUAAGGAUCUCAUCCGGCACCUGCACAAACGGAAGCGCAGUCUGGAGCGGUGUCUGGGGGAUUUGAGAUUGGCCAGGGUCAGACAAGCCACUAACCCCAGGACCCCUGUCGACUUCUUGGCCAUCCAGACUUAGGCAUCAUUUUGGCCCAUUUUAACCUUCCAGCAAAACCAACAAAGCCACACUGAAAGGUAUGGAUAAGUAUUUAGUCCAGCUUCUCU